AUGGUUCUGAGUUUACUACAAAUAGCUUUAAUUGUGAUAUUACUAAUAGGCUGUAUCGAGGGUCUUUCUAUGACUUACUUCCAGCUCAUGACAGCUUUAUACACAAAGACAAAGGGACCCAAUGUUAUCCAGGAUGAAAAUGCCACCAGCUGGAUGGAUGAUGACUCCAGUAACCACCACCCAGGGGAAAUGGCUACGGAUAUAAAUGAAACGCACAAUACAUACAAGAAUAAUCAUGGUAAUCAUCAUCAACAUCAUCAAUAUCUUGAGUCGACUAAUAACAAUGCUCCCAUCUUGGGUUUAUUGGAGGAGAACGGGAUAGCUAGACUAUUCAUCGGAGGACAGAAGUUCCGGCCAUAUUUUUCCAUUUGUUGUGCUCUCAUUGGUUUCAGUUUCUUAUUACAAGCAUAA